AUGGAAACUCGUCGACCGGCUACGCUGGGUGUCUCGAUCACCUUCUUUGUGAUCGCGAGUAUCUUUGUGGCUUUGCGGUUUGUCUCGCGCAUCUUUGUUGUGCGUAGGGUCGGGUUACAAGAUUAUUUGAUGCUGCUCGCGUGGCUGAUCGAUUUUGGUUUCUCAUUCUCGCUGUUCUACGCGACUCAGCACGGAUUCGGCCUACACUCAAGCGACAUCCCAGACGACAAUAAAGAGGCGCUAAAUAGAGCCAACUACGCAUUUACGGUGCUAUAUAAUCCGGCACUCAUGGCUGUCAAAACCUCCAUCCUCGUGUUUUACCUGACCUUGACAAAAAACCAAAAAGUCUUCCGAUGGGCAAAUUAUGCUACACUCGCCGUAGUCAACUGUGCAGGCUUUGCCUUGACAAUGGUCAAUGUAUUCCAAUGUCGCCCUGUAUCCGCUGCGUUCUACUCGACAGUUCCCCCCCGCGCAAAGUGUACCGACAUCGUCACGCUCUACCUUUCCUCGUCCCCCGUCAAUAUCAUCACCGACCUGGCCAUUUUAUUCCUCCCGAUACCAAUCCUGACGCAGAUGCGUCUUCCAUAUAAACAAAAGGUCAUUUUGGUGAUUACAUUCAGCUUUGGCUUCUUCGUGGCGGUGGUCGAUGUCAUUCGAAUCGCGUUCCUGCAACAAGCCGCAAUCUCGCGAUCACUGGCCGUGAAAUCGAUUCAUUUGCAGGGUAACACCACUACUGACUUUAGCUGGUACGCCUCGCUCUCGUUCAUGUGGUCCGUCGUCGAAGUCAACGUCUCGGUCAUUUGCGGCUGUGUACCAAGUCUCAAACCACUUGUCGCUCGCCUGGUGCCGAAAUUGAUCAGAGAUACCGACGACCCUUAUACGAGUCCCCGGAACAACUACGCAACAGGUGAAAAUCAGGUUGCGGUCCCAUCUCCUGCGGUGAUACAGGGCUCCCUCAACGCAUCUCCCGCGGUAUCACCAUCCGUCAGUGAUGGAAGCAAGCGCUCCCAAACAAGAAGUGGCAGCAUUGCCGCUCGUAGGCAGAGCUCUAAUGCGCCAAUGGGCAUUCUCGAUUUUCUGGGCGAGCCUGGGAACGCUCCUACCGAUACUGAAGCGAAUACUCAUACAAGCGCGUCCUACCCGCCUGAUAUUACAUUUUUCGAUUUCGUCAAUAUGAAGAAUCCACAAAGCAUGCUCAAGUUGAACAACCGAGAGUCAAUUGCCCCCAUCGCAUUGACGACCCUUUUGUUCUUCCUAUGGGGCUUCGCGUACGGCUUGCUUGAUAUACUGAAUGCGCAGUUUCAGACCAUCGUUCAGCUGGAUACGUGGCACUCGCUGGGCCUUCAUGGCGCCUAUUUCGGUGGGUAUGUCGUUGGCCCGUUGCUGGUCGGACGUCCAGUUCUGAAGACCUGGGGGUUCAAGUCCACCUUCAUCACUGGACUAUACAUAUAUGCCUGCGGUACCCUCAUAUUCUGGCCAUCUGCAGUUCUCGCAUCUACCGCUGCAUUCACCCUCUCCAAUUUCAUCGUCGGAUUCGGCCUUGCGGUCUUGGAAACCGCAGCCAACCCCUUCAUCGCGCUUUGUGGUCCUCUGGAGAACUCAGAAAUCCGAUUGAACAUCUCACAGGGUGUUCAAGCCAUCGGCAGUGUGGUAUCUCCCCUUCUAGCCAAAAAGGUCCUUUUCAAGGACGUCCAAGACGCCGCAUCUCUCGUCGACGUGCAAUGGACAUACCUCGGAAUCGCCCUCUUCGACGUCCUCCUCGCAGUCGCCUUCUACUACCUCCCCAUCCCCGAAGCCUCAGACGAAGACCUCGAAGAACUCGCCAACCGCCGCAGAGAAGACAACAUGACCAAAGUCAUCGGCAUCCCAGUCGUCUGGCUCACCCUCGGCCUUGGCAUCUGGUCCCAAUUCUUCUACGUAGCCGGCCAAGAAGUCCUCUCCACCUCAUUGGAACGUUUCGUCCAAAACGCCAACCCCACAACCUCCCUCGGCCCCUUCGAGUUCCUCACAAUCGGCCACAGCGUCUUCGCGGUAGGCAGAUUCAUCGCCGCUUUCGCGCAGUGGUUCCUCAAACCCCGCUGGAUCUUAAUGGUCUCCUACCUCGGUAUGAUCGUUUUCACAGUGCUAUCUAUGAAAACAUCAGGAUCCGCGGCUAUCAUAAUGACCAUGUUCAUCUACCUGUUCGAAAGCGGCGCGUUCAGUAUUAUUUUCGCUCUCUCCCUCCGCGGCACGGCUCAACAUACAAAAACAGCCGCCGUAUUCAUGACAAUGGCUAUCAGCGGUGGAACUUUCUUCCCCUUCGCCGAAUACGCCGCCUACCUCUCCCACGGCCAGCCAUAUUCUUUCUCCGUGCUAGUCGCCCUCUUCGCAGCCGGCGCUAUUUUCCCGGUAUAUCUCAACUUCGUCCCCGCCGUGAAAAAACAGGUUGACCCCGUACCGAACGAGUAUCUACGUCGACACCACCGUCGAAGAAGUAAAGCCCCCGGCGGUGGCGGCGUGAAGCGCGAAAAACAGAAUCAUUCUGUUGGGGGUGUGCUGUCGCGGCCGCGCAGUCUGGUCUCUGAUCCGGAUUUGUUGCCUGAUUUGCCGAUGCCGGGGGAGACGCAUCAGAGUCCGCGGAUGAGGAGUGUACGGAGUGGGAGUGGGAGUAUGAGUGUCAGGGGGUCGAAGGGGAGUUCGAAUGAGAGUUCGCGGGUUGAGUCGCAGUCUUCGGGGCAUGAGGGUGUUAAGAGGGUGAGGAUUGCGGGGGAAUUGUGA